AUGAGAAAUGAAAACUAUAUCUCUUAUAUAUACGAUGUUACCGUAGCUUAUGAGGACGUGAUCAUAGAUUCGGAAACGAAUUUGUUAAAAGGAGUUUUCCCUAAGAACAUUCACUUCAAUGUGAAGAAGUACAAUAUCGAAGAAAUACCCUCUGAUCUUGAAAAGAGCGGCAUUUGGUUGAAGGAAUUAUGGAAGGGAAAGGAGGAAGCUCUGAAGAAGUUCUACGAAUCCGAGCCUCAUAAGCGUCGUCUGAACCCAAGCGGAGAGGGCUACGUGUUCCCGGUAUGGAAUUUCAAAUUCUCUACCCAUUCGUUACGGUUUGCAGUUGACGGAACUGGAGACUUUCCCGUUACUCGUAGGAAGAACUUUUCACUUGAUUCUCUCGAUGCUGACGAGUCGCAUAACUGUUAA